CCUUACUGAACCCUCUCUACUGACACUAUGGGUUGCUGUGGCUGUGGUGGCUGUGGUGGCGGCUGCGGAGGCUGCGGAGGCUGCGGAGGCUGCGGAGGCUGCGGUGGCUGCGGUGGCUGCGGUGGCUGCGGUGGCUGCAGUGGCUGCGGUGGUUGUGGUGGCUGUGGUGGCUGCGGUGGCUGUUGUACCACAUGUACCUGCCGCCGAGUGGGCUGCUGCUCUGCCUGCUGCCCCUGCUGCUGUGGCUGCUGUGGGGGCUGCUGCAGCCCCACAGUUGUCUGCUGCCGCCGCACCUGCUGCUGUGGCUCCUGUGGCUGUGGCUGUGGCAAGGGCUGUGGCUGUGGCAAGGGCUGCUGCCAACAGAAAUGCUGCCAACAGAGCUGCUGCUGUAAGAAGCAAUGCUGCUGCUAAAAGGGAACAAGCAGAGCAGGAUUUCUGAGAAUGAUCUGUGAGGGACUUGCACAGCAUGAAGGUAAGACUUUCUUCUGCCUUGGUUUUUCUGCUUCUUUCUGACUGGUAAGCCAUCUUUGGGUUGUAGUAGGGGUGAGUAUCUUGCAGUAUGUGGUUGCUGUAGUUGUGCCUCAAUAACUCCCAGCAUCACACAGGUGCUUUAAUUCAGAAAGUGCCCAUUUCCAUGAAGAGGCCUUCCAAAAAAGGCCUCAUUCAAUUUUCUGCAAUUUCAUUCAUAUCAUUGGGUCAACAAUGGAUUCAUGAUUUUUAGCAUUUUUUAUUAUUGAAAUGUCUACUCUCUUAUAAAUGCCCGUGUUCACAUUUCUGUUUGAACAUUCACUGCUUUUUCUUCCAUUU